AGCAUCUGACAAUUUUCUUGAAUUGCUUCUUUGAAUAUACUUCUGACUUCAUGAGUUCUAUUUAUUCAUCACCCUCUUUAAUGAGUCCGAGAGAUAAGUACUUGUGAAGGAUCUAAUUUUCUAUAGCAUGUGUAAUUGCAUUCGUUUUUUCCUAUUUGCAUCUUAUAAAUAUUUACAGAAUUCUUUUUGGUCGUACCACUCAUGAGCAUUUAAGGCAUUCACACAAAGCGACAGAAUUUGCAAUUUAUUUUUCAUUUGUUUCAACACCUCCGAAACCAUUUAUCUUGAUUCUGGUUGAUUUAAAAACAGCCUUGUGCUGACCUCAUUAAUAUAUAUUAGGUUACAGAUCAGAUGUCAAGAUCCAAGAGACGUGCAGAUAAUUUUCACAAUUGAUUAAGAAGACUAGGAUGAUAAUGGUCCUGUGAACUUGAAAGGAAGGGAAAGAAAAGUUACUUUGGCAUUGACCAGUGAAAAUUACAAUCAUGGAAAGAGGAAAAGAAAAUGAAGGAGAAAGAGACAAAGGGGAAGCAAACAACUUAUCGGGCUAAAAUUUGAUAAUGGAGCCAUUGAUUUGUUAUGUACGAGAAGGGAAAUCAAGUGAGUUACGAUCAAGCGGACUCGAUAUUGGUGGAGCCAUGGGGAGGCACUGGUGGAUCAGAAUGGAAUUACAUGCUGAAAUGUCCCAUUAAAGAAAUAUUGAUUGCUCAUGGAGAUUGUAUAGACUCCAUCAUGUUCAGAACCGUUACUGAACAAGGUACUACCAUAGACUCACCAAAGUUUGGUGCGGAUGGAUGUAGAGACAAGGUUGUUAUUGAGGCAAAUCCAUUGGAAUAUUUAACAGGCAUCAAGGGGACAUUUGGACGUUGCGGUAGCCAUUCGGUUAUAAAAUCUCUAUGUUUUAUAACUAAUGCAAAGAAUUAUGGACCAUUUGGGUCUGAGGCUGGUGGAACUCCAUUUUCACUUGUGAUGAGAGAAGGUGGAGCUAUUGUGGGAUUUCACGGGCGUUGUGGAGCGUACCUUGAUGCUAUUGGUGUUUAUUUGCAGAAACUUACUCCUGUUUCAGCAAAGGAACCUGCGGUUGAAGACACUGAAACCCGUGAAGUGUCAUUUUCUACCCUUCGCAAGGACACUCUCAAUGUUCUCGAUUUCAUAGAGAGCUUAAAGAAUGAAAAAAAUCAAAAAGCUGUUGACGUGGAUCUAACUGAAAAGCUGAAAUUGGAGCUGGACUUCCUCCUCCUGAAUCUCCAUCAUCUUUCCAAGUAUCGUGCUGAACAACUUUCUCUAUUCAUGACUGAAUAUGAGAUUCUUCAGAAUGUAUCUGGCAACAUAAGAGAUUUCCACAAGUUGAUAGUGAAUGGUUGCGUUGGGUAUGAGAUUGUUGAAUAUGCCUUACCUCAGUUUCAACUAAUGGGUGAGAGAGUAGGACUCUUCCUAUGGCAUAAUCGAAUUGGUGGACACUCUCGACUCUUCAAGCUAGCACAUCUAUUCGUGGAGAUUAUUCUAACUCAGUUGGAGGUUAUGCACAUAUGUUUUACAAAUUUGAAAGCUUCAACGUCAGCAGAAGUUGGACGCUUCAUUCAGCAGCUCUUAGAAACCUCUCCAGACAUUCUUAGAGGAUAUCUGAUUCAUCUACAAGACCACAUGGUAAAUGUUAUUACUGCUAGCACUUCAAGGACUCGAGACAUGCAUGUCAUGAUAGAGUUCCUAUUAAUCGUUCUUACUGAUAUGCCGAAGGAGUUUAUUCAUCAUGAUAAAUUAUUUGAUCUCUUGGCACAUGUUGGAGAACUUAUCAUGGAGGUAUCAACUCUUGUUCACGACUUAGAAGAGAAUUCAAGAAAUGAAGAGAGUACCAAUGGAAAAAACCAUGCAACCUUGGACUUGAUGGAAACUAUUGAACUCGUGAAAGGAGAUCUCAAACAUAUUUACUUAAAAGCCCCAGACUUGUCUCAACUCUGCUUCCCCAUGAGUGAUGGAUCCCUCUUCAUGCAUCUUCUCCUUAAACACUUAAAUGAUUUGCUCAAUUCCAAUUCUUAUUCAAUUGUUUUGAUAAAGGAAGAAAUUGGACGGGUGAAAGAAGAUCUAGAAUUCAUAAGAUCUAUCUUCGUGAAUAUUGAACAAAAUUUGUAUAAAGAUCUCUGGGCACAUGUUUUAGAUUUGGCAUAUGAGGCAAAAGAUGUCAUUGAUUCAAUUAUUGUACGAGAUAAUGGUCUCUUACAUCUUAUUUUCUCACUUCCCUUUGCCAUAGAAAAGAUCAAUCUUAUCAAAAAAGAAGUCUCCAAUUUACUUGAAAAAAUUCCCAAGAACACGAGCCUCAUUGUUGUAAACUCUCCCAACAAGCCAGUUGAAAGCACGUCAUCAUCAGCUGAGCAAAUAAUCGUAGGUUUUGAAGAGGAGACAGACUGGAUAAUUAGGAAUCUCACUGGUGGACCAAAAAUGCUAGAUGUCAUUUUGAUCACUGGCAUGCCGGGUUCGGGUAAAACUACUUUGGCGUACAAAGUGUAUAAUGAUAAGUCAGUUUCUAACCAUUUUGACAUCCGUGCAUGGUGUACAGUCGAUCAAAAAUAUGAUGAGAAGAAGUUGUUAGAGAACAUUUUUAAUCAAGUUACUAGCUCAGCUUUAAAAUUCAGUGAUAAUAUUGAUGUUGCUGAUGAGCUACGGAAACAACUAUUUGGGAAGAGGUACCUUAUUGUCUUAGAUGACUUGUGGGAUAAUACAACAUGGGAUGAGUUGACAAGACCUUUUCCUGAAGUUGAUAAAGGAAGUAGAAUUAUUUUGACGACUCGAGAAAAGAAAGUGGCUUUGCAUGCACAACGCCGCAGUAAUCCUCUCGACCUUCGGUUGCUAAGACCAGAAGAAUGUUUGGAGUUAAUACAGAAAAGGGUCUUUGGAAAAGAAAGUUUCCCUGAUGAACUAUUGGAUGUUGGUAAAAGAAUAGUCCAAAACUGUAAAGGGCUUCCUUUGGUGGUUGAUCUGAUCGCUGGAAUCAUUGCUGGGAAGGAAAAGAAAAAGCCUGUUUGGCUUGAAGUUCUAAAUAGUUUGAAUUCCUUUAUUUUCCAGAAUGAAGUGGAAGUGAUGAAGGUUAUAGAAUUAAGUUAUGACCAUUUACCAGAUCACCUAAAGCCGUGCUUGAUUCACCUUGCAUGUUAUCCGAAGGACGCAGAAAUUCGAGUCGAUCAUUUGAAACUUUUAUGGCCUGCCGAAGGAUAUUUGAGACAGAUAGAGAUGAAGAGUGUUGAAGAAGUGGUGGAGGUUUAUUUGGAUAAUUUAAUUUCCAGUAGCUUGGUUAUUUCUUUCAAUGAAAUAGGUAAGUACCAGACUUGCCGAAUUCAUGAUCUUGUGCAUGACUUUUGUUCCAUAAAAGCAAGAGAGGAAAAGUUGUUUGACUUCAUAAGUUCAAAUGCUCCAUCAUCAUCUUCUUCAGAUUUGAUGCCACGUCACAUGACAAUUAUAUAUAAUAAGGAGCACUUUAGACAUAACAAUUUUGUCUUGUUCGAUUCAAAAAAGAAAAGGUAUUCUGGUAAACACCUCUAUUCUUUGGAGAUAUAUGGACAUGAGAUGGACAACCGUCUUUAUGAUAUAUGUCACCUAAGACACUUGAGGCUUCUUAGAGUGUUGAUACUGUACGUCUCUUUUAUCAAGGUGAAUGAUUCUUUGCUGAAUGAAAUAUGUACAUUGGUUCAUUUGAGGUACCUAAACAUUCGGACAGAAGUUAAAUCUCUCCCUUCGUCUUUUUCAAAUCUCUUGAAUCUGGAAACUCUGUGGGUGAAUAACGAUGGACCGCCGUUGGUACUACUACCGACAAUUUGGAAUCUUGUAAAGUUGCGAGUGCUGGUGAUAUAUAAUUGUUCUUUCUUUAAUUUGGAUACAGAUGAACCAAUAUUGAUAGCAGAGGACUCAAAGUUAGAGAACGUGAGAUUAGUACUGGGACUCAAGCUUUCCUAUUCGAAAGACACAGAGGAUAUCUUCAAAAGAUUUCCCAAUCUUCAAGAGCUUCGUUUUAAUCUCAAGGAAUCAUGGGAUUGUUCAACAGAAAGAUAUUGGUUCCCAAAAUUGAACUUCCUAAAUGAACUAGAAAAGGUCAUAGUUACUUCUGAAAGUUCAAAUACAAAUGAUAGUGCGCCCUCUGUAGCGACAAAUCGGCUGUGGGAUUUUCACUUCCCUUCGAGUUUGAAAAUAUUGUGUUUGCGUAAGUUUCCUUUGACAUCCGAUUCACUAUCAACAAUAGCAAGACUGCCCAACCUUGAAGUGCUGAACCUUGAAAACGCAAUCAUCGAGGGGGGAGAAUGGAACAUGGGGGAGGAUGACACCUUCCAGAAUCUCAAAUGUUUGACAUUGCAGCUAGUGACUCUUGCUAAGUGGGAGGUCAGAGAGGAAUCCUUUCCUGUGCUUGAGAAAUUACAAUUGUGGGACUGUCGUAAGCUUGAGGAGAUUCCGCCUAGUUUCGGGGAUAUUUAUUCAUUAAAAAUUAUCGAACUGUGGAGGAGCCCUCAACUUGAAGAAUCUGCUCUGAAGAUUAAGCAAUAUAUUGAAGAUAUGACGGGAGAAGACAAGCUUCAGGUCUGUUAUUUACAGGUCCCUAGUGAGUCUUGAGUGGUCUUGCCAAGGGAAAAUAUAACACAUGUAAGGAAUACAUCCAGCUUUAAUAUUUAGAGGCUAAUGCAGUCUCCCUGCUAUUUCCCUCCUUUUCAUAUACUCUGUUGAGUGGUGAAUAAGUGAUGGAUUUGUAUUGAUAUCAAUUAUUACUAUUGGACUUUUAUCUAAUUUCCCCACUUUUUUUUUUCAUUUUGUGUGCUUAUGAUAAACAGAAAGGUACUCUAGUUAUGUAUUCCAAAGUUAAGUUCUUUUCAAA